AUGUCGGAAUUCGACUCCAGACCCGUCGCAUCACGGGGCAGAAGCUCUACCAGAGGUGGUCGUGCCUCGCAUCCUAGAGGCGCUCCUCGUCAAUCUCAAAACUCUUCCAACGCAAACUCAUCGUCGGUGCAGUUCGACGAUGCCUUUGACGAACAGGGCGAGUUGGGCAAUAUGAAGAAAACUUACUCGACUCAAUUGAGCUUUAUGCGCGACAUGUUCCCAGACUGGACCGACGACGAUCUAGUCUUUGCCAUUGCAGAGGCCGAUGGCGACGUUCAGAUUGUCAUUGAUAGAAUUACUCAAGGUCCGUCGCUGCUCUCACACAAGUCUUCGCACACCCUGCUAACCACCCGCUACCCCACAGGCAACGUUUCGCAAUUCGCCCAGGUCCCCAAGAAGGGCAAGGAUAGAGCGCGCUCAAAGGCCAAGGAGACCUCAGCCGCCGCUGGCGCAGAUCAGGCCACCACCCCGCUGCGUGGUGGCCGUGGAAGAGGUGGCUUUGAGAGCUCCAGAGGUGGCAGAGGUCGCGGCACCGACCGCGGUCGUGGAGGUUUCCGAGGUGUCCGUGGUGGACAUGCCGCUGGCACCGACUCUUUCCCCAAAGACACGGCCGCUGUGUCGGUUCCUACCACAGAGUCUCCUGCUUGGGACAACGUCGCUGCCGAACCUGCCGCUCCGCUCGCUUGGGACACCCCGGCUACCACUGAAUCAGGCGCAUGGGGCAAUGCCACCGCCGCCGACACAACCCCGACCGCUGCUCCUGAGGUCGCAAAGACCGCUGCGCUUCCUGAAAGCUCGGGCAAGAAGACAUGGGCUAGUAUGUUCGCCAAGCCUAAGCCUCCACCUGUACCUGUUGUUCCAAAGCAACCUACCCAAGCUGCAGCCCCUGCCGCCGUGGCCGAACCUACACCUGCUCCUGCAGAGUUGACAGAAAAGACCGAGUCUGCAUCCACUAUUCCCCAAAACACCGUUUCCGAACCCACACAGCAGCUCGAGCCCGAGGUCGCACCAGCAGCCGUCGAGGAACAACCCACAGAAAUCGCCCAAACCGAGACAGCUAUUGCUUCUGAGCCUUCGCCAGCAGCUGCUGAGCCCUCUGCUUCCGCCGAGGCCGAUCUCUCAUCCGCACACGCUCCUUUGACCGAGGACAACCUUGAGCACCUUCCUGACACUUCGAUCAAGCCCGCGACCCAGACUGUCGCUAGCACUGUUGGCUCAAUCGAUCCUCGCGUGGCCACCCCUGCCACUUCUCAACAAGCCCCCAUUGGCCGUCCCCCCAUGGGUGGUUACGCAGCCAGCGCAUACAGAGCUGCUGGCACACCUAACCGCAACUCAAGCUACCAGCGUAGAGUGCUCGAGCAGCAAGAGGCUGUUGUCAUGCCCGGUCACAACGCAGUCGACAGAGCUGCAGUACAAUUCGGUAGCAUGGGCUUGAACGGUGAACCCGAUAGCCUUGACGUGGAUGAGGAGAGAGAAGAGCCCGAGACACGCACUCAGCCUCCUCAGCAAUCCCCUCCUUCUCAACCCAGAGCUUCGCUGCCUCCUGCCCCCAGACAACCUGCUCUCUCUCAAGAAUCUUCAAUCCACGAGAACGUUCCUACUCCCAAGCAGGCUCCUGGACUUCCUCCUGUCCCUCAGCAGUCCUUCGGCGGUCAUCAGGAUGCUUCGCCUAUUGGCUCCCUUCCUCAGGAAUCUUCGCAGUCUCAGGGCUACGGACAGUACAGCCGCUACGGUCAGAGCGGUAUGCAGCAACCUGAUAUGAGCGCUCAGUCCCAGAAGUCGUUCGAUCCUUUCAGCCACCAAGCUCCUUCCACUGCCUACGACCACUACAGCCAGCACUCAGCUCAGCAGCACCAGCCAUUCGGUGGUUUCUCAUCUGCUCCUUCCGACUACUCUCAAUACUACACCGCCGACCAGCAGAGAAACGCUUACCAGAGCUACUACGGCGGCUCAUAUGGUCAACAGGCCUCGCAAUCCCAGGACAACACUGCCAACCAGCAGCGUUCAACUAGCGGUUUCGGAUCUGGUCCCAGUGAUUCGGCCUUCUCCGCUUCUACCCCCCAGCAGGUGAGUCACGCCCAAUCCUUGUACUCUCAGGAUAACGAAUCUCACGUGCCUUCCCAGUCUCGCUAUGGCGGCGAAGCUCCCGGAUCAGGCCACAACACCCCUGCUCCUUCCAACAGCCAGGCUCCCUCUGCUGCUCCUAGUGCAGCAAUGCAUCAGCAGCCUCACUCUGGCUACAACCCUGCUUACCCCUACGGCCACCCCUACUACCAGAGCCCCUACCAUGCGGCUUACCAGAACCAGUUCGGCUACCAGCAGCCUGCCUACGGCAGUCCUUUCGGAGGUAAGGGCGGCAUGUACGGACAGCCUCAUGGCUAUGGCAUGAACUCGGGCUCAUCUUACGACCACUCAGCCUCACCCGCAAAUGCUGGAGGUUUCGGCGCACAGCCUUCGAUGCAGUCUCGUGACUCUGGCAUCAGCAGCGGUCUGGGCGACUAUGGUCGUUCUUCCGCCCAACCUUCGAACCUCAGCAGUGGAUUCGGUGGCAUGUCAGAGCCCUUCGGCCGUAGUCAGUCUGGUUACCAGGGCCAAUCUCAAGGCUACAGUCAGCAGCAGAGCACUGGUCAGGCCGAUGACUUGAAGCCUUUCGGAGAGUCUAAGACUAGCGGCCCAUCCCCUGGCCUUGGUCAACCUGGCAGACCUAGCUCGGCUGCCAACAGCGUCGGUGGACAGACUCCUUCGACCACAUUGCCCCCUCCUCAGAGCCACCAGGCCGGCUUUGGCGGAUACCCUGGCUUUAACAGCCAAUACGGACUCGGUGGUCUCGGCGGACAGAGCCACCAGCAACAGCAACAGCAGCAAGGCGGAUACGGCGGAUAUGGUAGCGGAUUUGGAAACUCAUACUACGGAGCACGUGGUGGUUGGGGCGGAAACUACGGUGGUCACUAA